AUGCUGGAACUCGCGCGGCCCCGGCGCUCGGAAGCGUACGACCCGCUCGCCUGGAACGUCUUCGGCGGCAAGCGGGUGCCUCGGCAGGAGCGCUCCGCCGAGACGACCGGGGUGAGAUGCUUCCUCGAGAGCGUGGGGCAGGUGGAGGGGGUUCCCGACACCGAGGAGUUGUACACGUGGAUCAGCUCCAGUUUCUCCCUCUGGUACCCCAUGGGGAAGAUGGCAGUGAUGGUGAUGGAGGUGCCCGAGGACAAGCUCGCUGACUUCCCACAGCGUUAUGCGGACUGGAAGAGCGAGGCCGGCAACCAGGAGGAGUUCCGCAUCCUGCCGAUGGGGAUCAAGAAGUAUAACAAGCAGAUUGAUGAGGUGGUCUGGGUCGGGGUGGCCGACCUGAUUCCAGAGAUGAAGGGGGAGGCCAGCGACCUGCUCAAGAACCUCCUGGAGGUUGGUAAUUUCAAGGACUUCCUGCUCGGUACUCUGGAUCUCGAGAAGCUGGCCGCUACGGACACGGUCUCAAGGCCGCCCGCGGAGCCCGCGCCGAGCAAGGGGAAGGGCAAGGGCAAGGGCUACGGCAAGGGCGGCAGCAGAGGCGGCAAGGGGUACGGCGGUGGCGGCAAGGGCUACAACGGCUACAGCGGCGGCUAUGGCUACGAGAUGGAUUUCGGCUUUGGUGGCAAGGGCGGCAUGUACGGAGGCGGCAAGUUUGGCGGGAAAGACAACGGGUACAUGGGCGGCAUGCAGAAGGGGAUGCAGAUGCCGAUGCCGAUGCCCAUCGCACUGCAGAUGAUGAUGGCGCCCCCGAUGCAGCCGCCGAUGCCGCCCGCCCCGAUGCCCGCGGGCCAGGGCCAGUCCGCCGAGGUGCAGAGGCAGAUGUACGGCGAGCAGCUCUACCUGCUCGUACAACCCCUGUCGCCCAGCCCGUACUUGGCUCAGAAGAUCACUGGCAUGCUCCUCGAGCUGCCUCAGAAUGAGCUUCUGCUCAACCUCACCAACAUGGACGAGCUGUCGAGACGAGUGUCGGAGGCCCUGGAGGUGCUCAAAGAGGACGGCAUCGUCAGCUGAUGGAUGCAAACUGUGGUCAGCUGAGGACGGCAUCGCUAGCUGAUUGUCUUGAGACGGCAUCGUCAGCUGAUCGUCGGCUGCAGCCGAGAACGGCCGCGUGAGUUGAUGCUGAUCGUCAGUAUCCUCGACUGAGACUGGUGUUUUAUAUCCAUGAGCCUUAGACGACGCAUGACAAGAGUGGGUUACUCUUUCCAGCCCUCCUCUGGCGGGAUUGUUACGGAUCUCUUUCUCCAUAUGUGGCGAAUUCGACGGCCAUUUUGACGACGUCGCAUUGCUGUGCGAAGCGUGUCUAUAAGAUAUCAGAUUUCCAGGAGUGUGGUACUUCACACUCUGGGGAUGCUAUGUCUCCCCCUCUUCCUCCUGCUGGUCCUCCUCCCCCCCGCCUCACGCUUGGUCGCCCUAAUUUUGAACUGUCAGCGUUAAGUGUUUCGCCACGCCACCAGUCACCCUGCAGCGCAGCGGGUUCUCGGUGGUGCUCUCCCGUGUGCGCCGCCUUCGUGAUCGUCGUCUCGCCCCGCUCCCCCCUCGCGACUGAGCCCCUCUGGCGCAGGCUCGUCCUCUCCCGCAGGUCCCCUCAGGGCCUUUUUGCGAUAGUGUGCAAUCGUUUCCGCCGGCCUCCCCGGCACGGAGCCCCCCCUGGCACCUGGGCACAGAAAAGGCGCGCUGGCCCCCCGCUG